AUGUUCACCUCAACGGCUUCGAAACAAACCUCCUCUUCCCAAUCGACUCGAUCAUCGUUAACGAGUUCGAGUAUUGGACAAGGAGCCACCUACAAUGGAACUUCUGCUAUUGGUCAAGGAGCUCGAGUGAGCUAUGUUGAGUCGCCGAGAAGUCCCCGAACACCCAUGCAGGGCCAUCUUGGCACGAGAACAUCAAGCUCAAGAACCCAAGUCUCGACUUAUACUGGAUCUCGAGGAGGGAGUACUGGUGUUGGAGGAAGUGGCCGAGUGUUGAAAAUGGUGACCGAAAUGGGUUCAACGGCGAUGGCAACAACAGCUUUGUCGGACAAAGUCGCGAAGAGUUUCCUUGAGGCCACGGAGAAAGAGAAACAAGAUCUGCAGCACUUAAACGGCCGCCUUGAAAACUACAUUGGUCGGGUGAAGAGAUUGGAGGAUCAAAAUAGAAGACUCGUCGAAGAGCUGGAUCAAUUGCGCGGUCAAUGGGGAAAAGACACCUCAGCUAUCAAGGUGAAAUAUACUGAUUCUCUGUCGAAAGCUCGAAAGGACAUCGAUGAUGCGGCGAGACAGAAAGCCGAGAUUGACGUGAAAGUGGCUCGUUUGAGAGACGAUUUGGAUGAAUAUAGAGGACGAUACGACGAGCUUCACAGUCGACAAGAAAGCGAAAAGGGGAAAGUACCAGCAAUGGACAAGUGCGAUUGC